AUGGCGUCUAUACGGAACGUUGAUAAGACAUGGUGUGGGGAACUUAAGAAACGUCUCCAAAUAUCCAAAGUCGCAAUUAGUGGUGAUGCACCCCGCUUUGGUGUUUCAGAAAUCCGACGGUCGCCAGAAACGGCGGAAGAAGUUUGUUCGCCGGAUUCAUCUAGCACAUUUCAAAAUUUAAUAACCUCUUUUUAUGUAAUAAGGAUGACAUGCCGAGGCGGACAGAAUAUGCUAGGGCGGAAGGGAAUGAAAGAUGUGAAAGGUUUGGGCCCCGUUGGCGCUGUUCAACUUGCAGGAUGGAGUCCAUAUGAACCUCCCUAUGCUCGGCUGGAGACAAUGAAUGAUAUAGUUAUUUUUACCAUAGAUUUCUACCCAGAUCGUCUACGUUGGAGGUCUAGUAGACGUAGACGAUCUACCCAGAUCGUCUACGUUGGAGGUCUAGGCAUCACUGAUGUUUGUGGUCUACGCAAAACGCGUACGCCUCGCUUAGCCAUCGAUGAGCUAAUGGAUCCAGAAAUCAAACGAAACUUUCAGAAGGGGCUCCUCGAAUGCCUGUCGGACCGUCCCACGUCGGAUAUAAACGGCUACUGGGAAGACAUAUACAGUGCUACUCAGAGCCGGGACUUAUGUUUGCGGUACAACCCAGCCAAAUUCAUCCAAAAUUUGAUUUCUAAUAGGACAGCGGCUUUGCUGGAAACCCAGCGACGGAUUCUUGUGGCCAUAACCGCAACUCAAUCCGACAGAUCAUCCGACACCACGUAA